AAAAUUAACACUUAAGUGAUACGCUCAUAUCAAUAUAUUAUAUAUUUAUAUUAAUUAAAUUCCUAAUAUAAUGUGUGGUAAGAUAUGCCACCGACAAUGUUUGCUGCAUUGGAAAAGAGGAGAAGCAAGCCAAGGAAGGAAUCCCAGUAAAAGAAAGAGCUUGUCGACUUCACUCUCUCUCACUCUCACUCACUGUCACAGUCACAGAGAAAGCAUAUCCCGCCAUUGAUGAAGCUUCCAAAAGCUCUUUUCUUUUCAAUAUGUAUUGUAUAUAUAUAUUCACAUGGCAAUGGGAGAGUGGUGACGCCGCCGCCGCCGAAAAAUGGCAUCCGAAGCACCUCCCCGCCCAACCAAGAAGAAGUCGUCCUUCCACAAACGCACCCCACGCCAUUUGCUCCGCCGCUUCUCCAUCUUUUCCUUCCUCUGCUCCCUCUCCUACAUCCUCGGCCUCCACACCGCCCGCCGCCGCACCUCCUCCAUUCCACUCCCACUCUGCCGCCUUCUCUACAGCCCAUCUCCUUCCCCUCUCCGCUUCGAUCCCAACCACUCUCUCCCUCUGCCCCCAGACCCCCCGCAAAGCCCCCAGUUCUUCCCUUUCUGCCCCUCCAAUUUCACCCACUUCUGCCCUUGCCAAGGCCCCAUAAGUUCCUUUCACCGGAAGCGGCAUUGCUCCGGCGACGCCCGGAAGCUGCGGUGUUUGGUUCCGGCGCCGGUGGGGUACCGGCGGCCGUUUCCGUGGCCGAAGAGCAGGGACUAUGCUUGGUUCAGCAAUGUGCCUUUCCCGAGGCUGGCAAUGUCCAAGAAGAACCAGAAUUGGGUGAGAUUGGAAGGCGACCGGCUUGUUUUUCCCGGCGGGGGACCCUCGUUUCAGUCCGACGUCAAGGGUUAUGUCGACGAGAUCAGUCGGGUUCUGCCAUUGAAGUCGAGCAAGAUAAGGACUGUCCUUGAUGUUGGCUGUGGGCUGGCAAGCUCGGAAGCUUCCCUAAUGGAACAUGACAUUUUGACAAUGUCUAUUGCGCCUAGAGACUCUAUCCACGAAGCCCAAGUGCAGCUUGCCCUUGAAAGAGGGCUUCCAGCCAUGCUCACUGAGCUCAGUACCCACAGAUUAGCAUUGCCCGCCAGGUCUCUGGACAUGGCUCACUGCACAAGAUGCCUUGCUCCUUGCCUUUGCUCUGAUUAUGUUAAUCCAGAUGGCCUCUUCUUGCUGGAAAUCGACCGGGUUCUGCGCCCCGGUGGAUACUGGGUGCUGUCGGGGCCGCCUAUGAACCACGAGGGCAGCUGGGAGAGAACAUCUCAGGGCCCUGGGAAUGAGCAGAGGCGCCUGGAAGAUCUUGCCAGGCGGCUAUGCUGGAAGAAGACGGAGGAGACUGGCUCGAUCGUGGUGUGGCGAAAGCCUACUAACCAUAUUCACUGUGCCCAGAAGGUGAGGACUUGGAGAACUCCAAAAUUCUGUGCUGAAGCUGAUGAUCCUGAUGCUGGCUGGUACAGGAAGAUGGAUGCUUGCAUUACUCCUCUCCCCAAGGUUUCCGGCAUUCGCGAUGUAUCUGGAGGUGCCCUGGAAGAAUGGCCUAAGAGGUUGAGCGCUGCACCGCCUAGGCUGAGAAGCACAGCAGCCAUAGAGACCACGAUCAAGAUGUUUAAUGAUGAAAAUCAGUUGUGGAAAAGGAGGGUCGAGCUCUAUAGCAGCAUUCUCAAAUCUCUCUCGGUUGGUCGAUACAGGAACAUAAUGGACAUGAAUGCUGGCAUAGGAGGCUUCGCCGCCGCCCUUGCUGGCUAUCCAGUGUGGGUCAUGAAUGUGGUUCCUUCUCAUCAUUCCAAGAACAAUACUCUUGGGAUCAUCUAUGAGCGUGGCCUGAUAGGGACCUAUAUGAACUGGUGUGAGCCCUUCUUGUCGUACCCUCGAACUUAUGACUUAAUACACGCCGAUGGUUUGUUUAGCAUGUACAUGGACAAGUGCGACAUCACUGACAUUCUGUUUGAAAUGCAUCGGCUCCUACGCCCCCAUGGAGCGGUUGUGAUAAGAGACCAGGUCGACACCAUUGUCAAAGUAAAGGGAAUUAUGGAGAAGAUGAGAUGGAAAGGUAAGGUUACAAACAACGAACGUGGGCCUUUCCAUCCUGAGAAGAUACUGUUUAUCGACAAUUUCGGGUGACAGAACAUAACAAGGCUUUGAUGAACAUGUAACACGUUAAAUUUCUAUCCAUAUCAGCAAUUGUGUUGAUUGUGCAAUUUAGCCUAGCAAAUAAUCUCAAAGUUCAUUUAAAGGUAGAAUGCAAAUGUUGGCAUAUAUAGUGAACUCAAAGUAAUGUCUCAUUUGAUUUUGCCAAGAAGAUCUAUACCUUGUUUUGGAAGGAUUUUUUCUUAUUCAUUACCUUGUAGUUGCAAAUAGCCAGUGGUCUUUGGUCCCAGUUUUGGACUGAAGAUUAGGGAUUAUUCUCUUUCUGUUUUAUUUUUAAUUUUGAAUUCAUUUUUAA